AUGGCUUUCAGGAUCCUCUCUCGUCCAUCGGGAUGGAUUUUGCGUUUCAUAAGUGUGCUUUGUUUUUUCACAUUAUUCACAAUAUUAUGUGUGGGUGUAAAUAUAUCCUGCCACUUGUCACUUGCGCAAGACUCUCUUCCGAUCAAUACUUUGACUUUUGGACCUUCCGUUCCAGUGGAUCUUGCUCAAAAUCGAUCCGUCAUUCGAGUUUUGGCUCGUAUACCCAAUGCUCGAGAAAUGGAUCUCUAUGAAAAGAAUUCAACUCAUUCCUACUUGUUUGUGGCAAGUCCAGGAACAGGCUCGAUCUAUAUCUUAUCCUUGUAUCAUGACACUAGUCGAUUCAAUCAAACCAACACAAACAUGACUUCUUCUCCCAGUGGAUAUGUUCAAUUACUCUCUCAAGAUAUUAUUGUCAAUUCCUUAUCGAAUAGUCCUAAUGGAGUGGCCUAUGAUUCAUCCACAGAUACAUUAUAUGUGGGUGAAAUUGCAACCAUUUAUAUGGUUCGAAAUGUCAUUGCAAAAUAUGAAAGUGGUCAAAAAAGUGCUUCCAUGUAUCAAAAAAUUCCUAUUCAGAGCUAUGAUCCAAAUACUUGGCAUGGAUUUAAAUAUAUUCGAAUUCAUAAGAAGAGAAUGUAUGUACCUGUUGGAGCACCAUGUAAUACAUGCAUCUUGACAGAUUUAUUUGGAACCAUGACAUCGUUUGAAUUGCCAAAAGAUGUCAAUAAUUUCACGCAACCAGCAACCAAGAGGGUGGAAGCGACAGGUUUGAGAAACAGUGUGGGAUUUGAUUUUGAUCCAAAUAAUGAUUCUGUCAUGUAUUUUACAGAUAAUGGAAGAGAUAUGAUGGGUAAUUUAAUUCCUGGAGACGAAUUUAACAAAUUAAUUUUGAACAAUGAAGGUGACACUAAUAUUAAGAGUUUUGGGUUUCCUUAUUGUCACGCCAAUGGCAUUGUCGAUCCAGAUAUGAACCCCAAUGAAUCUGUCAUGAGCUGUUCCAAUGGAAAUUAUGUGAGACCUAUUGUUACUCUCGAUGCUCACGUUGCAGCUCUAGGAACCAUCUUCUUUAGAAAUUCUGAAGCGCUCCUAUGGAAACAAUUCAUGAAUGUGAAUCGAUCAGUGUUCAUUGCCGAACAUGGAAGCUGGAACAGAGAUCCUCCUUUUGGAUAUCGAGUCAUGAUGAUUUCAGAUGUGAAAGACGAACAAAAGGCACCCAGUGGAUACUCUGUGUUCUUGGAAGGUUGGUUAACGAAGGGAACGACAAAAUAUUGGGGACGACCUGUCGAUGUCAGACAGCUCAAUAAGGGACCUGUCGCAAGUUUGUUCAUUUCAGAUGAUUAUGCUGGUGCUAUCUAUGUAGUUGAGUUUGAUCCUUUAGCUAAAAAGAAUCAAGGAAAUGUAAACGGAGCGUCUAGUAGUGAAGUUUCCUUAAUUGGUCGCUCAUGUGUCAUGAUCGCUCUGUUAUUGGCCUUGUUAUUUUUCAUCCAGUAA